UUCGAAAUUGAGGACACAAAUUCAUGGUUUUUUCCACUCUCAUUUUUCAUUAUAUAGUUGGAGUCUGGAUUUAUUUCAAUUUGAAUCUGGCUGGCAAUCUCUAUUGAAGCCAAAACCAAACCAUCCAUUUGGUGAUAUAGUUAUAAAUCUCACAUUCUUGAUUUCGAGUCUCAUCGUCAACAAAAUGUUUUUACGUUCUUGACCAAAAAAAAAAAAAAAUUAUCUUUCAACAUUUUGACAUAACAUGACAUCAAAAUUAAAUUCCAUCUAAGAUUUCCUUUACCUCAUCUAGAAUAAAAUAGAUCUCGAGUUUUUCUUUUAUCAAAGUAGUGAUCGAUCAGAUGGCAGAUCGUUACCUGGCCAUUUUCUUUGUAUCUCUUUCUUGUGUUUUUGGAGCAUUUGAUGCGAGUGCUGGAGAUGUUGAUCCAUUAUACAGGGCAUGUAUUUUGCAAUGUGAAAAAACUGGAUGUGUUGGUGAAACAUGCUUCACACAUUGCAAAUACUAUAUAGAUGGUUCUUUCUCUGAUAGCCAGAAAGAGCCCCUAUACCGGCAAUUGACACAAAGCGAUUGCCCAAAUGACUGCAAGUACCACUGCAUGCUCGAAAGAGAAAAAGAACGAGCUGCACUUGGAUUUGGACCUGUGAAAUAUCAUGGUAAAUGGACAUUUAAACGAGUGUUCGGACUUCAGGAGCCUGUUUCUGUUGCUUUCUCUGCACUUAACCUUGCAAUGCAUAUCCAAGGAUGGCUGUCCUUUUUCAAGCUACGAUCUACGACGCUAAAUAAGAGGAUAUCCUAUGAUUAUGCUGGUCUGUGGCACAUAUACGCACUCUUGUCUGUGACUUCAUGGUUUUGGAGUGUUGUCUUCCACAGUCGAGGUGUGGAAUUUACAGAAAAACUAGAUUACUCAUCUGCAGUGGCAUUACUUGGAUUUUCGCUUAUAAUAUCGGUACUAAGAUGUUUCAGUAUAAAGGAUGAGGCUACAAGAGUAUUGGUUUCUGCUCCAUUGCUUGCCUUUACAACCACCCAUAUUUUGUACCUGAACAACUAUCAAAUGGAUUAUGGAUGGAACGUAAAAGUUUGUGUUAUAAUGGGUGUUGCUCAGCUUCUGAUUUGGGCAAUUUGGGCUGGAAUUAGUCAUCAUCCAUCCAAAUGGAAAAUAUGGACAGUGGUUGUUGGGGGUGGAUUUGCUAUGCUUUUAGAAAUUUAUGACUUUCCUCCAUAUGCAGGACUAAUAGAUGCACAUUCUCUUUGGCAUGCUAUUACAGUUCCUCUGACUUAUAUUUGGUGGAGUUUUAUCCAAGAUGAUGCAAAGUACCAAACAAUUAACCCUAGUAAGAAAGUAGAAUAAUAUUUUUUUAAAGGGUUGUAUAUCUUUUUGAGGUUGAUUUAGGUAAUAUUAGUCAAGAGAGACUCUUUUUCAUUUGUUUUUAUUUCUUCAUCUUAAUUUUCAACUUGCAAGAAGAGGAUUGCUUUCACAAGAAAAAUAGAGUUUUCAAUGAUAAGCAGAGUUCCGUUAUUUCUAA